AUUAUUUUGAGAAACUGACGGUAUGAUUUUUAACACACAGAUAACUUUUAUCCAAAAUUUGACGUCAACAUGACGUAAAUUUUUCGCGCCAAAAUCAACUGAUUCGCCGGCUGUUGCUUGCUGCUUCACGCUGUCGAUACUUAAGCUUCAGAAAAUACUUACGAAUUUAUUUCGCAAGAUGCCUGCCGAAAUCCAACCAACUCUGAAAUUCACUCGUAUGUCUGAACAUGCGUUCCCUCCAGUCAAAGGAUCAGAAAAAGCUGCGGGCUUUGAUUUGAAAAGUGCUUAUGACUAUGUGGUGCCUGCCCGCGGCAAAGAGUUGGUUAAGACAGACUUGCAGAUAGAGCUGCCCUCCGGCUGCUACGGCCGAGUGGCCCCACGGUCAGGGCUUGCAGUCAAGAACUUCAUUGAUGUUGGAGCUGGUGUGAUAGAUGAAGACUAUCGUGGCAAUGUGGGAGUGGUCCUCUUCAAUCACUCUGAUCAAGACUUCCCAGUGAAGAAAGGUGACAGGAUUGCCCAGCUCAUUUGUGAAAAGAUAUUCUACCCCGACCUACUUGAGGUUACCAACUUGACGGAGACCAAGAGAGCUGAAGGAGGCUUUGGAUCCACUGGAACACAAUGAAACAAAUUUUCAGUAU